AUGCCCUCCACCACCGGCACAACUAAGCGAUUCGAGCUUCCCAAGCUCGAUUUCAAGUUCGGCUCCCUGACCGACGGAACCGACAUUCCCCCGCCGCUUCCCAGCCCCGUCCAGGAGGUCCCCACGCCUCCCCAGACCCCGCGUGCGAGCGAAACCAAGGACUCCGAACCCGCCGUCCAGGGAAAGCACAAUGACAAGACGAACGGUCAUGGUCCGGCGGUGCCCAACUCGCCGGCCACAACGAAUGAGGGCGAGUCGCAACCGAACGGGAACAGCCGUCCCAUGAGCCGCAGCCAGGGCAGCAUCGUCGAUGAGAAGAAGGCCAAGCGUAGCAGCGGAUGGUUCAAGAGAUUGAGGUCCCACGAUUCUUCUCCGCCGCAAAAGCGAUCCAGCGUCGUAUACGAGCAUCCCAACAACAGCCAGACGCAAAACAGACCUCAGAGCAAGCCUCAAGUCCAAGGGCCCCCGCCGCCCAUGAUUCCCGAGCUCAGCGCGCUCGAGGCCAAGGUCGACUUGACGGACGGAGGCAGUUUGGGAUCUGACUUGUUCAAGAACAUCAAGUAA